AUGAAGUUCUCCCUGGUUGCCGCCGUGGUCGUCGUGCUGGUUCUGUUCCACGGCUCUGAGGCCGGCUCUGUGGUGAAGCGUGACGUCCAGGCCGAGGUGGACAGGAUCACCAAGCUCAUCAGCGAGAUGUCCGUCAGCAUCACCGCCGCCACCCAGGACAUGGUGGAGAAGGUGAAGGCCCUGGAGGUGACCAGCACCGCCCAGACUUACAUGGAGGACAGCAAGGCCAAGAUCCAGCCUCUGGUUGAGAAGGUCCAGGCCGAGGCCACCAAGCUGCAGGAGCAGGUCAAGCCCUUCAUCGCCAACAUCGAGGACCAGAUCAAGCCCCUGACGGACAACUUCAACGCUCAGGUCAAGCCUCUGACCGCCAUGAUGGAGAAGUUCUUCCAGAAGGUGAUGGACCAGACCAAGGCCCUGCUGCCCCCCCAGUAA